AUGCGACGAAGCUCGACUGGCGCUGCCGCCCCGCGCUCUCCUGCCACUCUUCCUCGUCUUCCAGUGCCGGAUCUGCAUCAAACAUUGAAGAGGUACACUCAGUCUUUGGUACCGUUUUUCCUGGAGCAAGAAGCCCGUGGUGGUCCUUCUCAUCAUACCGCUUUAAAGACAGCAGCUGAGCGCGCUGACAAGUUUGAGCAGGGGCUCGGACUCACAUGUCAACAACGUCUGAUUGCAUUAGACAAGGCUUCGCCGCGAAAUUGGCUCGACGACAAUAUUUGGCUUAAGAAGGCCUACCACGAAUGGCGCUCACCUCUUCUCAUCCAUUCAAAUUGGUGGUUGGCGUUCUUCAAUGAUGUCACAGUCCCAGACAUGGUCCUUCAAGGGCGCUCAAGCUCUGUACUGGCAGGAAUCACUCCUUGGCAAGUCAGACGAGCCGCUUGGUUGAUUCAUAGAACACUUAAAUUCAAGCAUAAAUUAAACCGUCAAGACCUAUACCCUGAUACAACGCAUACCGGCGUAUGGUUUCGGGAGACAGUAUCCAAGAUGUUUAACGUCUGUCGGAUUCCUUGUUCACAGUGCGAUACCCUCAGUACCCCUUCAUUAUCGGCCUCGGAUAGUCGGAAGGUUCUCGUUAUGGUACAUGACUGGUUGUAUGCCAUCGAAGCAUACGACAUUGAUGGGACGCCCAUUGCACCGAAUGAAAUAGAACAGCGCCUUAGGAGAGUCGUUCAGGAUGCGGCUAGCCGCAUACAAGGGGGCGAACGCGCCGUGCCUGUCGGGUUGCUAAGCGCAGAUACCAGAGACCGUUGGGCUGAGAAUCUUCAAUACAUCCUUUCCCUCUCGUCAACAAACCACAGCACUUUUGGCACAAUCAAGGAUUCGCUCUUCGCCCUCAGUCUUGAUCACUAUACCUACACUCCCAAUGUUUCUGAUUCUACCUUACCACCUGUGACGCCUGCCGUUGAUUCCCCAGAAGAGAUUGAUUUUCACCUCCAUAAUAUCCGGUCGUCUUCCAACGCGCGCAAUCGAUGGUUCGACAAGGCAUUCACCUACAUCGUCGAAUCCAACAGCAGGGCUGGCGCAAUGGGCGAGCAUUCGCCCUGUGAUGCCUUGGUGCCAAGCAUAGUUGCCGAAUACGCUAUCAUUCAGAGCAUAGAUGAAGCGUUAUUUUCUGCUUCUGAACCUUCGCACGACUUUUCACAGGCUGACGGUGGAAUAGGAUGGCAGCGUCUAGAUUGGGUUACUGAUACCUGCGUUGAAUUAGAGUGUGCACAGGCAGAAGAGCGGGCGAAAGGUAUCAUCGCAGAUUCGGAUGACAGUGUUCUUUGGUUUGACGCGUACGGCGCAGACUGGAUCAAGCGGACAGCUCGACUGUCUCCCGAUGCAUAUGUGCAAAUGGCUUUACAACUAGCUUGGUUCAAGACUCGCGGCACAUUCACAGCAACGUACGAGACUGUGUUGACACGUCUCUUCGAUCGUGGUCGGACGGAGACAAUUCGUACUCUAACUGCGGACAGUCGUGCAUUCGUUCUCGCCAUGAUGGCUCCUUCGAGCUCUCGUGCUGAACGUCAAACGCUACUUCGUCGCGCGACUCACACUCACACCACGUUGACGCGUGAAGCUGCCACUGGCAAAGGCAUCGAUCGACAUCUAUUGGGCCUUCAGCUGAUGCUACGUCCUGAAGAUGGCGAGCGAAGUCCUCUGUUCGAGGAUGAAUUCUUUCAAGAGAGUAAGGCUUGGAAACUUAGUACCAGUGGGCUGAGCGCUGGACAUCUGUUCAGGGGAACGGGGUUCGGCGCGGCGUAUAACGACGGCUACGGUAUCAAUUAUCUUGUGGGCCCAGACCUCAUAAAACUCGGAAUCGAGUCGAAACAUUCAUGUCCUCACACAUCGACUGCAGGUUUGCAAGCCGCCAUAGUUGAAGCUUUACGAGAAAUGGAGUUGGUCUGUACAGAGGAGCAGACCAUUGCGGAUCACCCUCGUCAUGCUCGUCUCUAA